AUGUUGGAAGGUUUGGUUGCAUCGUUACUCAAUCGAUUCCUGGGUAUGUACAUACGGAAUUUCGAUCCUGGACAGCUGAAAGUGGGAAUCUGGUCGGGAGAUGUUAAGCUGCGAGAUCUGGAGCUACGGCGGGAGGCGUUGGAUCAGUUAAAGCUACCUAUAAAUGUGGUCGAAGGACAUUUGGGGCAACUCACUUUAAAGAUACCAUGGUCGAAUCUGCGGGGCCAACCGGUUCAAGUCGAAAUCGAAGAUAUCUAUGUGCUUGCCUCGCCGAAGGAAGAUGCAGAGUGGGAUGAAGAAGAGGAGGAGAGGAGAAGGCAGGCUGUUAAGAUUGAGAAGUUGGAUAGUGCCGAGAUGUUGAAGGAUCGAAGUCAAGAGGGCAUGAGUCUAGAAGAACAGCAGAAGAAUCAGAGCUUCACGGAUAGUCUGGUUACUAAAAUCAUUGACAAUCUCCAGAUCACGGUCAAGAAUAUUCACGUACGAUAUGAAGACUCGAUUUCAGCGCCUGGUCACCCAUUUGCUCUCGGUCUCACAUUACAAGAGUUCAGUGCUAUUAGUACGGAUGGUAAUUGGAAACCGACAUACAUACAAAACUCUUCCGGAACCACACAUAAACUUGCCACUCUGGGUGCUUUAGCUGUGUAUUGGAAUACGGAUACAGAGUUGUUGAGCACUGGAAGGGAAGCAGAGGUAGCUGAAUCGACGGGGGUUGCGUCGCAUGAUGAAAUGUUGUCGAGCUUUAAAGAAAUGAUUGUGCGAGGCGAAGAUCCAAAACAGGCCAACCAUCAAUUCAUUCUGAAGCCUGUUAGUGGUCAGAUGAAGCUGGAGAUGGACAAGAGUGGUAAGAUAGAAGUACCCCAUAUGAAGGCCGGCCUGUUGUUCGAUGAAAUUGGAGUUGUUCUUGAUGAUAAUCAAUAUCGGGAUGCGUUAAUGAUGGUCGACUUAUUCCAUUACUUUCUCCUUCAUCAGGAAUAUAAGAAAUUUCAACCAAAAGGUGUUCGACCAAAGGAAGAUCCACGGGCUUGGUUCAAAUUCGCUGGUAAUGCUAUCUUAAGUAAGAUUCAUGAACGCAAUCGUCGUUGGUCAUGGGCCUACUUCAAGGAGAGAAGAGAUGAUCGGAUUCGGUACAUUGAGCUCUUUAAGAAAAAGAAGAAGCAAGCCGAACCACUAUCCCCUGAUGAAACCGAUGAAUUGGAUCAACUUGAGUGGAAACUCGAUUAUGAAGAUAUGCGCUUCUGGAGAUCCUUGGCUAGGAACCAAUUGAAGAAAGAAAAUGUCGGUAUCAAAAAGGCAGCACCGAAGCAAAAGCAAGGCUGGGUUGCAUGGGCCUGGGGAUCGAAGCCACAAGCCCAGGAGGAGGACGAAGAGACAACUAUGACCGAGGAACAGCGGAAAGAGCUUUAUGAUGCUAUUGAUUGGGACGAGAAGACAGCCAUUGCGGAAAGUGUUGAUUUACCGAAAGAGACGAUUAAGAUGCAAAUUGAGGCAUCACUCAAUACCGGUAGCUUUACCCUGAAGCGUGAUCCUCAUAAUCAUACGGUCGAAGUUCUCAGCCUUUACUUUGAUGCCUUCAAAGCAAAGUUCCUACAGCGACCGGAGUCAAUGUUGGCGGAUAUAAGUCUUGGUGGCCUUAGAGUGAACGAUGGCACGACUCCCGAAAGUUUAUUUCCUCAAAUCGUUCGUGUCAAAGAUGCUCCUGAAACUCCUAAAGCCAAGCUUUUACUUAACGGCGAUGAAGACGAAUCAGACGAUACCCCUGAUCCAUUCUUCCAAUUCCAAGUCGAAACAAAUCCUUUGAACGAUGGCGGUGAUGUUGCAGUAACUGGAAAGCUCAAACCGCUUGAGAUUAUUUGGAAUCCUCAUUUCCUUGUGGGCAUAAUACAAUUUUUUAAGCCACCAGAAAGGCACAUGGAGUCUAUUGGAGCUCUCAUGGAAUCUGCGGGAGCAACAGUAGAAGGACUGAGACAACAGACCAGAGCAGGUCUUGAGUUUGCGCUUGAGGAGCACAAAACAAUUAACGCCAAGUUGGAUCUUCAAGCACCUCUUAUCAUUGUGCCCGAAAACAUAACCUCGAGGAAAACGACUUGUCUUGUUCUUGAUGCUGGUCAUAUCAGUGUGAACAGCGAACUUGUGGAUGAGGAAACAAUGCGCGAAGUGCAAUCAAAGCAGAAGACGGUUUAUACCGAGGCAGAUUACAAGCGCCUGGAAUCUCUCAUGUACGAUAGAUUCGUGGUCAAGCUUUCCAAUACACAAGUUCUUAUUGGACCAUCCAUUGAGGUUACGAAAGCACAAGUGACGGCAAAGGAUGAUCCUCACUCGAUGCGCGUUGUCGAGAAGAUCAAUAUUGAUUUCAUUGUCGAAACAUCAAUCAUACCCAAAGCGCCAAAUUUGACAAAAGUAAGAGUCUCGGGUCAUCUUCCUGUACUACAUGCCUCUGCUUCGGACAAGAAAUAUAAAAGCUUGAUGAGUAUUAUCAAUGCCGCUAUUCCAAAUGUAUCAGCAGAAGAGCUUCCAGCACAGACAUUGGCAAAAAGUCGUCGACCUUCAAAUCUGUCGAUACGAGCACCUUCAUCAUCGAAGCAACAAAAAGAUCGGACUCAAUCUAUGUCGUUUAAUUUCUCCAGGCAAGAGGCUAUAAUUCUUCAAGACGAGUCAUCUGACGAUGACGAUGAUGACGAGGAUGAAUUCCAAGACGCCCCCAGCGGUAAAGAGAGCGAUAAACUCAAGUUGGAACAAAAGAAUUUCGAGCUCAAAUUUGAAGUGGAGCGUCUUCAGGGUUCGCUUUAUAGAAGUGACCCAGAGGGCAGGAAGCCAGAUCAACUUUUGGUGGAAGUAGUCGCCGAGAAUUUUGGUGUUAAUUUUGUUCUUCGUCCGUACGAUCUCAUCGUGGAAACCUCCCUGCAAUCCGUAGUCGUAGAUGACUACGUUGAUAACCCUCCUGCGGAGUUCAAGUCGAUAGUUUCCUCUGGGGACAUGGAGUCAGAAGACGAAACUGCCCUUAUCAACGUCAAAGUGGUAAAGGUAAACCCCAACUCACCCGAGUUCAUGCCAAAAUAUGAUGGAGUGGAGAUUAAUGUGGAUGUUUCUGUCUCUACAAUCAAUUUGGUGGUUACUCGCAAGACGCUGUUGACUCUGCUUGAUUUCAUCUUGAUUACAUUUACGAAUCAAGAUGGCCCACAGAAAAUAAGCCAAUCUGCUGAUGAAACUUCAGAUGAUUUGUUGGCUGUGCCAGAUGAGUCGCCGUCCGAAGAGGAGGUAGUGCUAUCGCCCAAAAAGACUGAAUUAUCCGUUCGCGUCAAGGUCGACCUGAAGAGUAUACGCUUGAUACUCAACAAUGACGGCAUCCGAUUAGCUACACUGUCAUUCAACCACGCAGACGUAGGAAUUUUUAUAUUGGGGAAUACCAUGCGAAUUGGUGCAAAGUUGGGCGAUUUAUCUCUACUCGACGAUGUUAACCUAGGAGCCUCCAGCGAGUCGAAUCUUCGAAAAUUGAUAGCUAUCGAGGGUGAUGACUUGGCUGACUUCCGAUAUGAGACCUUUGAUUCCGAAAGCAGUUCAUAUCCUGGAUAUGAUUCCUCCAUCUACUUGCGCGCGGGGUCUAUUAAAGUCAAUUUCCUUGAGGAACCGUACCGUAAGAUUAUCGAAUUUUUGGUCAAGUUUGAGAAGAUGCAAGCUCUCUUCAAUGCUGCUAGACAAGCUGCAGCAAACCAAGCUUCUCAGCUCCAACAAAGUACGAGCCGCAUCAGAUUUGACGUCAACAUUAAGACCCCGAUCGUUGUUUUCCCUCGUGUCAUGAAUGCGGGUAGUGGUGAGAGGGAUUUGUUGACCGCUUAUCUUGGAGAAAUUUAUGCAGAAAACAAAUUCGUCCCACUCGACGAUUCGAAAGAUGCGACUAUUGCGAUGAAGCUCACGGCUGGAAUCAGGAACAUCCGGUUGACAUCCGAUUUCCAUUUCCCUGAUGAGAAGACAGAAGAGCUUGAGCUCAUUGACAAAGUUGAUUUGGGUUUUUUGGUCACUUAUGCCGAGCAUACUUCUGGAGCGCUUCGUCCGGAUAUGGAGAUUGAAGGUUACAUGUCUGACUUCAAUCUGCGGAUUACACAAACGCAAUUGAAGUUCCUUCUUGAGCUGGCGAAGUCCGUUCCAGGCGCCUUCAUGGUGGAUUCAGAUGACAGCGAACAACAAGCUGCGGAGGACGUACCCAGCGCAACGACGCAGAAGGCAAAAGCAAUAACAAAAAAAUCGUCAGAUGAUGAUCAUAAUAAUGAGCCGGUUGAUCUCGGUCCGGAACUGGGCACCAACUCACAGAGCUGGACUAAGCUUGACUUGGCUUUCCAUGUUAACACGAUCGGUCUCGAACUCGUCUUAGCAAAGGACCACGAGCCAAUUGGUGAUCUUGAGGCCGCAAGUUUAUCCAAAUUUUCUAUGGACGACACGAAGGUUAAACUCCGAAUGAUGACAGAUGGCUCAUUGGAAUCAGAGUUCUUGAUACACGCUUUCACAAUUCAGGAUAGUAGGAGUAGGGAUACAAACAAGUUCCGCAAGAUUAUGACAUCUUCAAACCAGGAUGUACAACAGUUCAUGGCUAGCAUUACUAUUUCAGGGGGACAAGAACGCAACCUCAUUGCUAUUUUGUCGAUAGAUAGUCCAAAGGUUAUCUUUGCUCUGGAUUAUCUUUUCGCCCUCCAGGCAUUCAUAACAGCAGGUUUAGCGGUAGACGAGCCUAUUUCACCAGAUGACGAGGAUGAGUCGACGGAGUCCGAGAACGUCUCCGAUGCGGAUUCUAUGCAGGUAGUUAGGUCGAAGACUACAGAAAGUCGAGCAAGAUCUCCGAGCAAAACAACUAGUAGCAAUACACCUAGUCAAUCGUCUUCUUCCUCUGAUCAAUCUUCGAUGUCAAUUGCAUUUAGGGUGAACGUCGUGGAUGCACAAAUUAUAUUGAUCGCAAAUCCACUCAGUACAAGUUCCGAAGCAAUUGUACUUGGUACGAAGCAGAUUCUUAUGUCACAGCAACAUGCCCUCACAUUGCAGGUAUCCGAGAUGGGUAUGUUCUUAUGUCGAAUGGAUAAAUUUGAGGAUACUCGCCUUAGGAUUCUUGAUGACUUCUCUCUCCAAAUGUCAAUUGAUAGUUCAAAGCCAAACGCUCAGAGUAUUUAUCUUGAUGUUGAACCUCUUGUUCUCCGAUUAUCGCUGCGUGAUAUUUUACUGGCAGUCCAAAUUGUUCAGAGAGCAUCGGAGCUUUCUGGCAAUGAUGAUGAACCUGGGGAGAAGAAACCAGUUGCAUCUGAUGUCAAGGCGAAACAGCUACAUGGUUCUUCGGGCCUCAAACAACGAACAGCUAGUGGUAAAGGUGCAUCAACAAUGAAGAAGACCAAUGCUGGCACUGUUGCUAUGUCUCAACAAACUCCCGCCCCCAAGACCGAUACGCAACAAGUCCACAAAAAGCAUGAAGAACUGACUGCAACACUGGCUGGGAUGAGACUCAUUCUAAUCGGCGACCUACACGAAUUACCAAUUCUUGAUCUUAGUGUGAAGAAAUUCACGACUUCUGCUACUGAUUGGUCGGGCAAACUCCGAGCUGAUACAGCCAUCAAUAUGUUCAUCAAUGUCUACAAUUUCUCAAAGUCAGCGUGGGAGCCUCUUAUUGAGCCUUGGGAGUUGGGUCUGCUGGUCGCCAAGGACUCGAACCCAGAUUGUAUGUCUGUCGACUUAAUUUCGAAGAAGACGCUUGAGAUCACUGUCACAUCUGCUACUAUCGCACUAGCAUCGAAAUCUGCGCAAUUCCUCACUCAAUCUGACGACGUACUAUCGAAGCCAAGAGGAGCCGAUGCUCCAUAUCGUAUUCGAAACUACACUGGCUUCGAUAUUAAUGUAUGGGCAGAUGUUCCUGAUGCUGAUAAUACCAUGGCCGCCACAUUGGAAGAUGGAGAAGAAGCACCUUGGCGAUUCGAAGAUUGGGAAAAGAUGCGUGAAAAUCUCGCGCCUGAGAAUACAAGUGGAUUUGUGGGAUUACGAUUGGAGGGAAGUGGAUUCGAUAGUCUGAACAAAAUUCCAGUUAAUCGCGAAGGAGAAACUUUGUACAGUCUGCGACCUCGCAAGGAUAAGAUUCUACACCGGCUGCUUGUCGAAGUUACUUUGGGUACAGAUAACGUCAAGUACAUCACCUUUAGAUCUCCACUUCUAGUGGAGAAUAAAACACAAAUUCCUGUGGAGUUGGGCGUAUUUGAUUCUCAAGAGGGCCAUUUGCUCAAGAUUGAAAAGAUUGCACCAGGGGAAAGUCGACCUGCGCCUGUCGGAGCGGCAUACAUGAAAUCGUUACUCGUGAGACCAGAUCAGGGAUUCGGAUAUUCUUGGUCCACAGGAUCCCUCUUUUGGAAAGAUCUUCUCAAGAGACCUACCAGGACUAUUACUUGCAAGGGCGAAAGUGGUGAUAAGACGCCACCAUUCUAUUUUCAGAUGAACGCCAAUUUUGAUAAGACUACGCCCAUUACAAGUAUUUAUCCUUACAUGCGUAUUCGACUUUCAGCACCCAUCGAACUUGAAAAUCUGCUGCCGUACGACUUCAAAUAUCGCAUCUAUGACAAAAACACGAAGAAAGACUGGACGAACUUCCUUCGUAAAGGUGGUCUAAGUCCUGUUCAUGUCGUCGAACUUUCGCAUUUGCUACUCAUGAGCAUCGACAUGCAAGACACAGUAUUCAAGGCCAGCGAGUUUGCAAUCAUCAAUUCGAAUAAUCAAGAUGACUUCCGGAAGGAGACUACUCUCGUUUGUAAAGAUCGUGAUGGACUUGCUUUGAACCUCAAACUGCAUUAUUUCAAGAUUCCAGAUAGUGGAGGAGCAUUUAGAGUAACUGUCUACAGUCCUUACGUUAUCCUAAAUAAAACCGGACUGGAGAUCAACAUCAAACAGAAGUCAUUGUUGCAGCAAGCAAAGACGGCGGCCGGUCAAGGGUUUCGUACAGAUUCGGCUGAUUCAGAACGGCGUAAGGCACUACCUUAUAUGUUCGCAUAUGGCGGAGAUGAUCAAAGGAAUCGUGCUAUAUUGAAGGUUGGCGACUCGAAUUGGAGUAAACCACAAAGUCUGGAUGCCAUCGGUAGUAAUGUCGAUGUUGUUUUAUCUUCUUCUAAAAACAACACCGAGAUACACGUGGGCAUCAAUGUUGAAUCAGGAGAGGGCAAAUACAAAAUGACGAAGGUAGUCACUCUUGCUCCCCGCUUCGUUCUGAAGAAUCAGAUGAACGAGGAAAUAAAUGUCAGGGAACCCGGGUCGUCUGAACUCUGGACUUUGAAGCCACAGGCCCUAGAACCUCUUCAUUUCCUCCAGAAGAGUCCCGUCAAGCAACUUACGCUAUGCUUCCCUGGAUUAAAUAACCAGUGGUCGUCGCCAUUCAUAAUCUCGAAUCUUGGCAUUACACACGUGAAAUUGGCCAAGGCUGGCCAACGACAAAAGCUCAUUAGAGUCGAAAUCCUCAUGGAAAAUGCUACAAUUUUCUUACACAUUAGCGCCGAGACUAAGAACUGGCCAUUCUCUAUGCGGAAUGAAAGUGAUACGGAAUUCAUGUUCUUCCAAGCAAAUCCUAAUCUAGACGAUGAAGACGUCGAGGACAGAUCUGGGUGGCGCCCAAUAAGAUAUCGUUUACCCCCUAGAAGUAUCAUGCCGUACGCAUGGGAUUAUCCUGCUGCUAAGCAAAAGGAGCUCAUCAUUAAUGCGAACGGAAGAGAGCGACACAUAAAACUUGCAGAGAUCGGUAAUCUCAUUCCUAUGAAGAUUGGAGGAGAUGAUCCUCACCCCAAGAACCAAAAAAUCAUUGACCUUAAUGUUGCAGCAGACGGUCCAACACAAACACUCAUUUUGUCCAACUACAAAGCAUCGAAGAGUUUGUACAAGCAGAAGUCAAGAACGAAUUCUUCUGUCAGUGUUGCGGGGGGAUUUGAGGUCAAAAGCCAAGAUACUGCCGUCAACUUUAAAGCACAACUCAAACUUGGUGGUAUUGGUAUCUCACUGGUUAAUGCUCAACUCAAAGAACUUGCUUAUAUCACUUUGCGUGAUAUCGCACUUAAAUAUGCCGAGUCACCUCUGUAUCAAACAAUCACUGCCUCGAUCAAGUGGAUACAAAUUGAUAAUCAACUUUAUGGUGGGAUUUUCCCGAUGAUUCUUUAUCCUAGUGUGGUUCAAAAGGGUACUAAGGAAACGGAAGCUCAUCCAUCACUUCAUGCUAUGGUUACUAGAGUGAAGGAUGAUUCUUACGGGGUUAUCUACAUCAAAUAUGCAACAGUCUUGGUUCAGCAGAUGACUCUCGAAAUUGAUGAAGAUUUUGUUUGGGCGGUUUUGGAAUUCUCCAAGGUACCUGGAGCAGCCUGGUCAGAAACACAUGAAGGUGUACUUUGCGAUGAGAGUCUCGAUAUCCCAGAACCAAAACAAGAACAAUCUGGCCAGGAUAUCUAUUUCGAGCUUCUUAACAUUCAACCCAUGCAGCUUGAUUUGUCCUUUGUUCGUACCGAUCGAGUAAACGUUGAGGAUAAGACAUCGUCUAAGAAUCCUCUGAUGUUCUUCAUGAAUGUCUUAACGAUGGCUAUCGGCAACAUCAAUGAUGCUCCCGUCCGUAUGAAUGCUUUGAUGUUGGAGAAUGCAAGAGUUUCUGCCGCUGUCCUCAUGAUGAAUGUUUCCAAUCAUUAUUCACAGGAAGCACUUUACCAAGUUCAUAAGAUCUUAGGAUCAGCUGACUUCCUCGGAAAUCCUGUCGGAUUGUUCACCAACAUCAGUUCUGGUGUUGCGGAUAUCUUCUAUGAACCAUAUCAAGGUUUCAUUAUGAACGAUCCCGAACAACUUGGUAUUGGUAUCGCAAAGGGUGCCACUAGUUUUGUUAAGAAAUCAGUGUUUGGUGUUUCGGACAGUUUUUCAAAGUGGACUGGUAGUAUUGCAAAAGGACUUGCAGAAGCUACUAUGGAUAAGCAGUUCCAAGACCGUCGCCGCAUGACUAGAUCUCGAAAUCGACCCAAGCAUGCUCUAUAUGGUGUUACGGCAGGUGCCAAUUCCUUGUUAACGAGUUUUGCAAGUGGCGUAGGCGGAUUGGCUCGUAAGCCUCUUGAAGGAGCGGAACAAGAAGGUGCUGCAGGUUUCUUUAAAGGUGUUGGGAAAGGUCUUCUUGGGUUUGCUACUAAACCAGCCAUUGGUGUUUUCGACCUGGCUUCCAAUGUGAGUGAAGGAAUCCGCAAUACCACGACAGUUUUCGACGAUAGUGGACUCGAUCGUGUGCGUCUCACACGUUUCAUCGGAGCAGAUGGUAUCGUGAGGCCUUACUCCCAACGUGAAGCUCUCGGACAAUUCUGGCUCAAACAGCUCGAUAACGGGAAAUAUUUCAACGAACAAUAUAUUGCGCACCUGGAACUGCCGCGCGAGGAUGUCGUGGUUAUGUUAACUUACUCACGCAUUAUGUUGGUUAAGAGUAAGAAGUUGACUAGUGAGUGGGAUGUGCCGUUGAAGGAUGUUCAGACGAUCAGUAAGGAGAGAACGGGUUUAAGCUUGACGUUGAGAGGGGGAACAAAUGGACCGUUUAUUCCAGUGGCAGAGGAGAGUUCUAGGAACUUUUUGUAUAGGAAUAUUGGGGUUGCGGUGGGAGAGUUUAAUAAAAAGUACAAGGCUACGGAGUAG